CGUCGGUCGAGGCGAGCGGCGAGUAAAUAGAGGCAGGAGCGCAAAAUGGCGGCGCCGCCGAGUCCUGGCCGUGGCGCCGCGUCGCCGGAGCCGUUGGGCUCCAGGCCGGGCCCGGACGCGAAGGCUCCCCGCGGGUCGCAGCCGGCCGCCAAGAAAAUGAAGGGGACCGACGAGCGGAGCCUGAAGGGCUCCAAGCGUGUCAACGGCGAAGGGGGCGGCGGUGGAGGAGGAGGAGGAGGAGGCGGCAACAAGCAGCCGCCGGUGGUGCCGAGCUUCAGCGGCCCCGCGGCGUGGGGCUUCGCCGCGCUGCCCUCGGGGAGCUCGGGGGGCUUCGCCUUCCCCUCGCCGCUGCCCAGGAAGCUGCUGCCGCCGCCGCCCGCCGUGCUGCUGCCGCCCGCCUCGCCCUCCUCUUCCUACCGGCAGCACCAGCACCGCCACCACCGGCACCGCCUGGCUCUGCCCGCUGAGAGUGGUGGUGGCGGCUGUGGUGGUGGUGGUGGCGGAGGGGUGGCCGUCGUGGGCAGCGCCAAGGCGAAGAGGCCGAAGGAGAAGCGGGACAAGGAGAGGAGGAAGCACGGUGCCCUGCCCGGGGUCGGGGCCGCCGCCGUCGCCGCCGCCGUGGGGGGAGAUGGCGGCGGGGCGCUGAGCGCGGCGGCCCGCGAGGAGAACGGGGAGGUGAAGCUGCUGCUGCAGAAAGCUCAAAUCAAAGAGAAAAUGAAAGAAAGGGAAAAGAAACAGAAAGAGAAGAAGAAGCACAAAAUAAUGAAUGAAAUCAAGAAAGAGAAUGGAGAGAUCAAAUUAUUGCAGAAAGCUGGGAAGGAAAAACCAAAAACCAAUGCGGAAGAGCUGCAGAUUAAAAAGGUUAAGAAGAAAAAGAAAAAGAAACAUAAAGAGAAUGAGAAGAGGAAGCGUCCAAAAAUGUACAGCAAAUCCAUUCAGACCAUCUGCUCAGGACUGGUUUCUGAUGUUGAGGAUCAGGAAGCCAAAGGCAUCAUAGAUGAUCAUCUUAAGGAUUUCAAUGGGAAAAAUAUGGAUCCCAAGAAGGACUGUGAGUCCAUGAUACCAGAGAACAGUGAGUUUCCAUUUGUCUCGUUAAAGGAGCCACGGGUUCAAAAUAAACUCAAAAGGUUGGACACAUUGGAGUUCAAACAGCUGAUUCAUAUUGAGCACCAGCCUAACGGAGGUGCAUCAGUUAUCCAUGCCUACAGUAAUGAACUCUCCCACUUAUCUCCUGUGGAGAUGGAGAGAUUUGCAGAAGAGUUUGUGGGUCUGGUUUUUAGUGAAAAUGAAAACUGUGCAGCUUACUAUGUAAUGGGUAUUGUUCAUGGGGCAGCUACUUAUUUACCUGACUUUUUAGACUACUUUUCAUUUAAUUUUCCCAAUUCGCCAGUGAAAAUGGAGAUUUUGGGAAAGAAAGAUAUAGAGACAACGACUAUGUCAAAUUUUCAUGCUCAGGUAAAAAGAACAUACUCUCAUGGUACGUAUAGAGCUGGCCCAAUGAGACAGAUCAGCCUGGUUGGAGCAGUUGAUGAGGAAGUGGGGGAUUACUUUCCUGAAUUCCUUGAUAUGUUGGAAGAAUCACCCUUCUUAAAAUGUACACUGCCAUGGGGAACGCUUUCUAGCUUAAAGUUAGAGAGUCGUAAAGACAGUGAUGAUGGUCCCAUUAUGUGGGUACGUCCGGGAGAACAGAUGAUCCCUGUGGCUGACAUGCCAAAGUCACCUUUCAAAAGGAAGAGAACUACCAAUGAAAUAAAAAACUUGCAGUACCUACCUCGAACCAGUGAACCCCGUGAAAUGCUAUUUGAAGACCGGACGCGAGCCCAUGCAGAUCACAUAGGACAAGGUUUUGAACGCCAGACUACCGCUGCUGUGGGAGUAUUGAAGGCUGUGCACUGUGGAGAGUGGUCUGAGCAGCCUCGUAUAACCAAAGAUGUAAUUUGUUUUCAUGCUGAGGACUUCUUAGAGGUAGUUCAGCGAAUGCAAUUAGACUUGCAUGAGCCUCCGCUCUCACAGUGUGUCCAGUGGGUUGAUGACGCAAAACUUAAUCAGCUGCGAAGGGAAGGCAUUCGAUAUGCCAGAAUUCAGUUAUUUGACAAUGACAUUUAUUUUAUCCCAAGGAAUGUUGUGCACCAGUUCAAAACAGUUUCAGCUGUGUGCAGUUUGGCUUGGCACAUCCGGCUCAAGCUGUAUCAUUCAGAGGAAGAACUCUCUCAAAAUUCAAGUACUCUUGAAGCAGGGACCUCUGCAGACCCCAAGUCUUCGGUUAUCGGACUUCAGACUGACAGCAGAAUUUGUAUGAUAAGCAAAAAUACCUCCGAAGACACCAAACUCUCAGAUGCUCUGCAGACAAAGUGUCUGCAGCAGGAAUUUAUGCCGAUAAAACAUGAACCUGUUGCAUCUCACCGAAUAAAAGAAGAAUCCAUGAAUGUUGAUCUUGCUGAGAAGACAGUGGUGCCUAAUGACAUCAGGGGCCAGGCUGUGCAGACUGGAUUGGAUCGGAUUGAAUUGGCGACGUUUAAGUUUGAAAUGGAUUCCAAAUUUGAGCCUGCCAACAAGGACUUACAAGGCAAGUUAUGCCCCGGAAGCCACAUACACCCGGAUGAUACCAGACAACAUAGUUCAUCAUAUCCAAAACUGCAUGGACAAAGAGAAGAUGAUUUUUUGUGCUGAAUUUGUAUAUAUUGUUUUAAAUUCCUUUUUAAAUUUAAUGAUGUAAUAAUGUAAAGAUUCAUAAAUUCUGUGGGGCAAGUUUGUGACUUGCCUCCGCAUCUGUUACAGAAAAUAGUUAUGUAGCUUUGUAACAUUCCUCAGUGCCUGUCCAUAACUGUGAAGUAUCAAAGCACUUAGGGCCAGAUGCACUGUAAACACUGCAGGUUUAACAUAAAGAAGUCUUUAAAUAAUUUUGAGUUGUAGGUUUUAGAGUAGAGCUGACAUUUAACAUAUAUAUUUUUUGUAAGAUGAGCCAGAGUUGUUUUUGACAAUUCCGGGCUUUUCCAUAGAGCUUAUUUAUACCAAUUUUUUCAUUUUAAAUGUGUCAGCACUGUAGUGUAAAUAUCUUUUUUAAAGAUCUUUUUAGUGUGAUUUAUACUGAAAUGUGAGCCGCUUAAUAAAGGUUCAUAAUAACAGAUUGGUUUUAUUUUUGGAUCUGCAAAAAAUAAUUCAGUUAAACUGCCUCUCUAAAUGGUUUUGCUUCUACCUGCACUAAAGCAUAGGAUGCUCUUACCCCGUUGUGGCGUGAGGAGCUGUAGCAGACAGAGGUAGAGUUGAGGCAUUCUUUGUAAACCAAGAUCAGUCAGGAUGCAAAAUCAGUCCUCCCUUCACAGGGUUUCUUACAGCUGACCAUUGAAGGCACUCCCCAAACUACUGUCAUCAGAUGUUAAUGUGGAACAGAGGCAAGUGCUGCCCGCAGCCUUCCCACGUUGGGGAGUACGGUUGGGUACCGGGGGGUUCCAGGAGCACUGCCAGCAACUGCUGGCAUCUCUCUGAGCUGGGGCGAGGUGGCAAACUCCUUUUCGUGCUUACCUCCUCCCCCUGCACAAGCCAUGAUUAAGAAAGUUCCAUUUCACAUUU